AGCUAGAUCGAGAGCAAUGGCAGUCACAUCCCCAUCUGCCCGCAUUCCCAUCCUCCUCCUAGUGCUAGCACUCUCAACCAUGCCUGCUUCUUCUUUUUCGAGACCGGCUCCAGCCAAUGGCAGCGACACAGACAUCGCCGCGCUGCUGGCUUUCAAAGCCCGGCUCACCGACCCUGCCGGUGUCCUCGCCAACAACUGGACCGGCACGUCUUUCUGCCACUGGGUCGGCGUCUCGUGCAGCCACCGCCGGCAGCGCGUCACCGCUCUCUCCUUCUCUGAAACGCCGCUUUUUGGAUCGUUGGUGCCUCACCUUGGUAACCUCUCUUUCCUCUCCUUCCUUCAAAUUAUCCAUGCUAACCUCACGGGCUCCAUCCCACCCCAACUUGGCAGGCUACACCGGCUUAGAUACCUUCGCCUUAAAGGAAAUGGACUUUCAGAUGACAUUCCUACUACCCUAGGUAACCUCACAAGGCUUGACUUCCUUAGUCUAAGUUAUAACCAACUCACGGGCCAAAUACCUCCCAAUUUAUUUAUCCAUAUGCGGGCACUUGACAUACUUUCGCUGGCUGGAAAUGAAUUGCGUGGCCAAAUACCACCCUAUCUAUUCAACAACACGCAUUCCUUGACAGCCAUCGACUUUGGUGACAAUUAUCUCUCGGGUCAGAUACCAUCCUAUCUAUUCCACAACACACCUUACUUGACAGACAUAUACUUUGGUAUUAAUAGUCUCUCUGGUCAGAUCCCAACCGCUCUUAGCAAUAUCACCAAUCUCACUCUUUUAGACCUCUCCUUCUCCAAUCUCACUGGACACAUACCGGCAGAGUUCGGACUAAUGCAAAAACUCACCGACCUAUAUCUUGGAUCCAAUCAACUUACCGGUACGAUUCAAGCUUCCCUCGGAAAUUUAACCAACCUGCAUAUCCUAGCUUUGGAAGCAAAUAAAUUAUCAGGCUCGGUACCACCAACGCUUGGGAACAUUGCAACUUUAGAGUUUCUUAAUCUUCCAAAGAACAAUUUAGAGGGAAACAUGGAAUUCCUUUCGGCUCUUUCCAAUUGCAGAAACCUCCAACAAAUUGGCUUAGGGGCCAAUUCUUUCGCAGGCUACCUCCCUGAAUAUAUGGGAAACCUCUCUUCACGAUUAGUCACCUUCGAUGCAGGUUACAACAAGUUAAUAGGUGGACUUCCUGUAGCAAUCUCAAACAUAAGCAGCCUUGAAUUGUUAGCUCUUCCUAAUAACCAACUCAGCGAGCCGAUUCCAAAAUCCAUCGCCAUGAUGAAAAAUCUCACGUGGCUUGAUCUCUCUAGCAAUGAAAUUUUAGGCACUAUCCCAACUGAAAUGGGCAUGCUUGGGAGUCUACAACAAGUGUUUCUCCAAGGAAACAAAUUCCUUGGCUCUAUACCAAGCACCUUCGGUAAUCUUAGUAGGUUAGAGAAAAUCGACUUGUCUAAUAAUCAACUAAGUUCAAUGAUACCUGCAAGUCUAUUCCGCCUUGUCAAGCUUAUCAUACUCGAUCUUUCCUGCAAUUCUUUUGAUGGAGCACUACCGACGGACGUUUCUGGGCUAAUACAAACAUACAAAAUGGACAUUUCUUCUAAUUUCUUGAUUGGAAGCAUCCCAAAAUCAAUUGGAAAACUCAAGAUGCUAGCAUACCUAAAUCUAUCCCACAACUCGUUCGGAGGCCCCAUACCAGAACCACUUCAAAAGCUAACUAGCUUAGCUUCAUUAGACCUCUCCUUCAACAACAUCUCUGGUACCAUUCCUACGUUCCUUGCAAACUUUACCGACUUGACUACCUUGAACCUCUCAUUCAACAUGUUGGAAGGCCAAAUACCAGAGGGGGGUGUUUUUUCAAACCUCUCGUUGCAGUCUUUGAUCGGGAAUGCUGGACUAUGUGGCGCUCCACACCUAGGAUAUUUGCCAUGUGUUAACAAAUAUCAUUCAAGUAGUAGACACCCGCUAAAAUUUCUACUCCCAAUUGCCACCGUAGCUCUUGGAAGUAUUGCUAUUUCCUUAUACCUAUCGACCAGAAAGAAACUGAAGAACAAGGAGGACAUAAAAAUUUCUUUAGAUUCAACUGAUGGCAUAGGCCACCGAAUAGUCUCCUGCCGAGAGCUCAUUCGUGCCACAAAUAAUUUCAACGAAGAUAACAUUUUGGGAUCUGGAAGCUUUGGAAAGGUCUUCAAGGGCGAGCUGAAUGGUUUGAUGGUGGCAAUAAAAGUUCUUGACAUGCAGCUGGAGCAAGCCAUGAGAAGCUUUGAUGCCGAGUGUCGUGUGCUUCGCAUGGCGCGGCACCGCAACCUGAUACGGAUACUCAACACCUGUUCCAACCUAGACUUUAGAGCACUUGUGCUUCAAUACAUGCCAAAUGGCAGCUUAGAGAAGCUGUUACACCAGUCUCAGAGCACAGUGCACUUGGGGUUCCUCGAGAGGCUUGACAUCAUGCUUGAUGUGUCGAUGGCAAUGGAGUAUCUACACCAUGAUCACUAUGAGGUGAUUUUGCACUGUGACUUGAAGCCGAGCAAUGUGUUGUUUGAUGAGGAAAUGACUGCUCAUGUGGCGGAUUUCGGCAUUGCGAGGCUUCUUCUAGGCGAUGACAACUCCAUGAUUUGUGCGAGCAUGCCCGGAACAGUUGGCUACAUGGCACCAGAGUAUGGAUCUCUUGGAAAAGCAUCACGGAAGAGCGACGUGUUCAGCUAUGGGAUCAUGCUCCUUGAAGUUUUUACGGGAAGAAGACCCAUAGAUGCAAUGUUUGGGGGAGAACUAACUCUUAGGAAGUGGGUACACCGUGCAUUCCCCAUGGAGCUUCUUCAUGUCGUCGAUGACCAGCUACUUCAAGGCCAGGCCUCUUCUCCUAGCUGCAACUUGCAUGAAGGAUUCAUCGUGCCGGUAUUCGAGCUAGGUUUGCUCUGCUCUAGCCACUCGCCAGACCAGAGGAUGAUGAUGAGCGACGUGACCGUGAGGUUGAAGAAGAUCAAAGUGGAGUACAACAAAAGGACAGCCACGCCAUGGCGUGUCCUAGCACGGUGACCGAACUCCUUUGCUCGUAUUUAUGUUCCUGGAGGAUGAGGUCGAGAGGGGGACAAUUUUUGGUGAGCCGCAACAACCAGCUGGCUCCGUCGAUCUAGCAUGAGUUUCCAGAAGUUUUUUAAUUUCCUCCUUGCUUUGUUUGUUUGCUCCGUGUGACAGGUUGUUGGUUUAGUAGUACUAAUCAGUAUGUUUUCGUUA